CGAGUUUGAUCUGCAAGGAGGCGAGUAAGCGAUCCAGUUCGCAGAGAAAUAACAACGGGACGAAAGAGUGUGGAAUCCAAUAAUUAUUCACCGGACAUCAUUUUGAAUACAUCUGUCAAGAAAAAAAACGACGACUAUUGACUUGGUACAGUACAGUUCCACUAUUUUGGAAGUUUUGCUCUAUUCUACCUUGAUAACGUUGGGCUUGACUAAAAUAUAGCGUAGUCCUACUGCGGAACGUUUGGUUGCUGAAAAGACACUCGAGGGCUUGUCCUUUUGGACUUAGAUUUAGCUACACUGAAGAAUUCCAGCAAUAUUUCAGUAAUGUCCACAAUAAUGGAACAGCCUUUCUAUCAUGACGACUCGUUUCUUUCUGCUUAUGGCCAUUCAGGCGCUGCCCUGCACGACUACAAGCUCCUCAAGCAGAAUAUGAACUUGAACUUCGCGGAGAACUAUCGGAACCAAAGCCUCAAGGCACAACUGCGCGCGGAUAGUGAAUUCUAUCCCGCCGUGACCGCUCCAGAAGUCGGCUCACUCAAGCUUGCCUCUCCAGAACUGGAGCGACUGAUCAUCCAGAACAGCAACGGAGUCAUCACUACCACGCCGACACCAGGGCAGUAUUUCUACAGCCGUGGGAUCACAGAGGAACAAGAGGGCUUCGCCGACGGGUUCGUCAAAGCUCUGGACGACCUCCACAAGAUGAACCAAAUGCCGCCACCGAACGUGUCCAUCGGAACCGGCGGGGUGUCCACGUGCACUGUACCUUCUACCGUGUUCGGUUCCACUAUGCAGCCUGAACACCUAGAGUACACCACCCUCAACAGCUGCGGUCCAAACACUACCAUCACACCUUCUGCCAGCAGCUAUCCAUCCACCACCAUCAGCUACCUGCCUCACCACCAGUACCAGCACCACCAAGCCGCUCCGCACCCAUCCCAUCACUUCCAGCACUCGCUGGCCGGAGCAGGCCUCCAUGCACAGCGAUAUUCUGGGCUGAAAGAAGAGCCCCAGACCGUCCCAGACUGCCAAAGCAGCGACGAUGGGUCAGCUUGCAUGUCCCCAAUCGACAUGGAGAACCAGGAGCGCAUCAAGGCGGAGCGCAAGAGGCUCAGGAACCGCAUGGCAGCCACCAAAUGCCGGAAGCGCAAGCUGGAACGCAUCUCGCGACUAGAGGACAAGGUGAAGGUUCUGAAGACAGACAACGCCGGGCUCUCGAGCACAGCUUCUCUACUGCGCGACCAGGUGGCUCAACUCAAACAGAAAGUUUUGACACACGUCAGCUCCGGCUGUCAGCUCAUGUUGACAUCCAAGAUCAAAUCAUAUUGAAAACAGUUAAACGGUGGACUAUAAAAUAAACACUGGACUAUAGGGAGGACAAUGGUUUCCCCUUUGUUUUACGUCGUGAAAGCAAAAAACUUUAAAUGCACUGUUGGGACAGCAAUUGUGAUGACAUUGUAAAGUAACAUUGUUUUCAUGUUGAACAUAUUCAUACGUAUUUAGAUUCCCCCCACCCCACAUAGUUUAUAGGUUUCCAGGCUACGGUGGACUUGGAAAACCUUGUGCACAAUAAUAAGACUGUAUAACACUCGGGGCAUUUUGAACAAGUUAUAAAAAGUGUCAUCUCGUUAUGGCUUUGCCUGUUUACAUUUUUAAUACUUUGAAAUGUCAUGUGGAAUUCAUUCCUUUUAUAAGUUAUUGUGUUGUAUCGGGUUGAUCCUGAGUGUCUUUUUUUACUUGUAGAGUAUAUUUAAGUAAAAUAUCUUAAAAUUUC